GGAGAGUAGACAGAAAGUGUAGAAUAUUAUGGUUAGAGAGGGAUAUUUGGAGGAGCUGCGAAAAAUUGAUCAAUCUCGUUAUAGCUUCCAGGUGUUGUCCAUUAAUGCGGAUACUACUAAGUUAAUUCAACUUGGCUUGACUUUAUCUGACGAAAACGGAAAUAUUGGCUGUGUAUGGCAGUUCAAUUUUUCUUUCUGUACUGAAACGCAUGAUUCUAUCGAGUUUCUGAAGAAUUCUGAAAUUGAUUUUGGAAGACUGAAUAGACACUACAUUUUGCGCAAACAUCAGGUUUUGCAAUUGGUAUGUUUUCAUGACUUGCGUCAUGUGGUCAAGCUUUUAACCAACAACUCACUGCCCACUUCGCUUAUGCACCUUACUCGAAUGAUCGGUUAUGUUUUUGGUCAGAUUGUUGAUAUCAAACAUAUGGUCAGCUUAUGUGAAGGUUUGUUUAAUGGUGAAUUUGGAAUGCAGAAACUAGCAAAGGUUAUGGAAGUUGAACGUGUUGGUAUGGCUCAUCAAGCUGGUUCAGAUAGUUUAUUGACCAGCCAACUUUUUGCAAAGAUUAAGGACACAUUCCAGGUCGAAGAAUCCAGUAUUUGGACCAUCUAUAUGGUAUUCAUACAACGUAUGCAGAUCACAGCAGCAACUAAUUCCUAUUCGUCACAGUCGACCUUGGCCCAAGAUGAUAUUCCAUUCAUUCACUGCCACCACCGGUUGUUUCCAAUAUGCACCUAGUAUCAUUCAUCCAUUGCCAAGACCAGUUGUUUCUAAUCAUUACACUAGGCAGCAGGUCAACAUGGUGAUGCUAUUUUAGAUUUUGUAAUGUUUUAUGGGUUAGAUGUAGUGCUGCUAGUUUAUAUUUAGUAAUGUUUUAUGGUUUAGCGUAUCUUCCAAUUUGCAAUCUGCUGCUACUGCAAAUCUUGUAAUGUUUUAUGGUUCAAC